AUGGCAAACUUACAGAAACCUAUACUAAGUAUAUUAUUAUUAGUAUCGGCAACUUUGACUGUUGUAAUAAUAACACUGUUAACUGUGGAUGAAACACCAGUAUCUCGGCUGUACACACUUGAUAACCUCAAUUUUACACAUUCCGGUGAACAUGGGCUGAACCUGACUUUUCUGAAAUUGGAAAACAAAAACAAAUUUUCGUUUAGGUAUAUUGAAAAUCCGUCGCACAAGUGUCACGGCACAGCGUUUCUUUUGAUAAUGACUGUAAGUGCGCCGGCAAACGUACAAGCAAGAACAGUAAUUCGAGAAUCAAGGGGGAAAAUCAAACGCAUAUCAGAACGGGAAAUCGGACAGAUAUUUGUCAUGGGCAUGCCAGACAACAACAACGACCUUGGAAGACUGCGCAGCGAAUCAACGUCAUAUAAAGACAUACUUUUAAUUGAUUUUACAGAUGGUUACAGAAUGCUUACGCUGAAAUCCAUGAUAAUGUUUGAAUGGUUCACAGAAUACUGUCAGAAUGUGCAAUACAUGGUAAAAACUGAUGAUGAUAUAUUAAUAAUAUUACAGAAUUUAAUUUCUUUUCUCAAAUCUGCUCCAUCGACUGGCUUUGCAAGUGGGUUUCUUCGCCAAAACGGAAAGGCUUGGCGAAAUACUAAAGUAAAAAAUCGAGCCAGUAUCACGCAGUGGCCAUAUCCGAUGUACCCUCCAUAUUUGGCGGGGUUAGCGAUUGUUUUAUCCAGGGAUGUUGUCAUACGUAUUCAUGACAUAUCGAUGUACGUAAAGAUGUAUCAUAUAGAAGAUGUACACAUUGGAAUACUGUUUGCCCUGUUGGGCAUUACACCACAACACAGCACACGUUUCGAAAUUGAAGAGAUAAAAGCAUGUGACAAGUUAUGCUGUCGAGGAGAUAUGAUUGCAAUUCACUUUGGAAGGGCUGAAAAGCUACAACAACAUUUAAAAGACAUAAAGUUCGUUAAUAAAACAAAUUGUGUAUGA